GUUUUUUGCUGCAUAAGGAAGCAGAGACUGUAUGAAGUGACAAAAUCCCAGAGCUGAAGCACUACGGGGGGGGAAUCAUUGCUGGUGUUUGAAUCUGAUUGGGUUGGCCAGGGACAAAGAGGGUCUGUGAAUGAGAUAAGAGAAAUGGGUGAGACAGAGUUUGGGCUUUGUGGGGAGGGGGUUUUGAGACUGUUUACCUGUGUAUAUCUGCAGAUGGUGAUUGGUUUAUCUCUUCACUUAGACAUUCAGACGAGCUGAACCCGCUGCCAUUUGCAAUAUACUGACAAAUUGUUCCAGUGAAACAAGAAUUGAUGCUGUCUCAAAAUCUCUGGGGAAAAAAGGGUGUGUAAACAGAAGUAGCUCAAUGUAGACGGUCAACAUCGCCAUCACUUCUUUCCAUUCGCUUCAUCUGUUAAUUGAGAACAACGAAUGAAAAAGACAAGUGAAACUGAUGUGGAAUCCUGAGUUACAAGUUUUAAACCUAACCAGGCUUUUUUCGGGGGCAUCUUGGAAGGUUUAUUUGAAUGAAUUUGGGUUCAACAAUCUUUCCCUUGAGAAAAACCCAACCUCGUGUUGAGCGCUUUUUGUGAGGCUUUCCUCACUGUAACCUGAGUUUACAUGAUUUCUUUUUUUUAUUAUUUCUGUAAAGUGUGUGGUCGAAGUAACGGAAACAUGUUUCAUUUUGGGAUGUUUUGUGGUUUUAGUCGAUUGGGUUCUUGGAUUUCAAGGCCAAUCACUACUAACAUAAUGACCCCAUGAUAUAUUUUGGGAUGAGAGUGGAAACAAUGUCAGGCUUUCCUCAUUUAAGAUAAUUUUUGGUUAUUACAAAGAAACUUGAUGCCAUGCUUGAAAAAGUCCCCUUUUUGUGGUGAAUGUUCAUGUUGUUUCCUUUAAAUUGACCAUACUGUCUACAAAUGCACAAUUUGCCCUGUAUUAACUGUGUUUGAGUGAAACUGAAUUCAUUCUUUUUUAGCGGUCAUGACAGUUGAGAUGAGGGGUUCGGCCAGAGGAAGCGUUUUCAGCGUGGUUAUACAACGUGCUGAUCCUCUGAUUUGGUGGAGAGGUGGAAUCAAUGUGAAUCUGUGCCUCCUGUGCGCCGGACGGGCAUCAUUCACUGUUUACCAAGGACACCGACAACAACCUUCGUUCAAGUCGCCGAAGGUGACGGGGGGUGAUGUGUAAAUGACCUUUUAACCUUCACCCUUUACCUGGCACUGUGUGUGUCUGUCUCUGUCUGCCCGUGUCAUGACUGUGGCGAGCGCUGUGACCUCACUGCUGAGUGAUGUGCUGCCUGGUGUGAAGACUGAGAACCAAUAAACACUCUGCCCUUUUUUACUCCACA